AUGACUUCUAGGAAAUGUUCACUUCCCAGGAAACUCACUAAUGACUUGCCCAAACUGGGACAGAAACAGGAUUCUCCAAGUGGAGGACAAAUAUCUCCAUCUGCAAACCGUACAGAAGGGGAAAAACAAUUGGAACAAAUGGGUCAGAUGGGCCGACAGAGUAAAUUUGAAGGGCUUCCGCGGGCUCAAAAUCAUAAAUAA